AUAUUUGUCCAUAAUUGUGUGCCAAAAAUUGUAUUUAAGAGGCUAGAAAUGUUGCUUUGCAGUCCAAUAUCAUUUUAAAAACGCAAAAGAGCAACUCCCGAACUUGCUAGAAUUUAAAUUAGUCUAUUUGGGUGCACGCACAAUUAAAUUAGAAAAAAUUCGGGGAAGCUAUCCAAGCUAAUAAAAACACCUUUAAAACUCUGCCACUGCACUAUUGUAUACAUUUAUAACGAUUUCGGGUGUGAACGUUGAGUUUUAUGGGGUUUUAAAUGGACUGUUGCUGUAGGAAGUUCAGACAAUGCAAUCAGUAGACAGCCACGUGCUCGCCAAGUUUGUGUCGCCUCAAACAAACUUUGAUAAAACGGGACACGAGAGGAAUUGCCAUGUUAUUUUGCUAACUUUAAACAGCUCGCUGUUUACGGUUUGUGCUUUCUUUUUUGCGUGUUCUCUUUAAAUGUUUAAUUUCCUUUAACAGAGUGAGACAGCCCACAUGCGCAUAACUUCAACAGCACUGCAUGUGGGGUGAAUCUGUGAGUGCGCGAGGCUGUUUAUCUGGUGCAAACCUACUUUAAAAUGAGGCUAAUUUGAAUUAUUUUACAUUGUGUUAGUGGUAGGAGGACAUGAGUUGUUAUGCGUAAUAGGAGGAGGAGUGGAAGUUGGGACGCAACGGGGCUCUUGUGUUGAUAGUCGGAAUAAAACAUGAUGACAGUCCUGUUAUUGCCUACCUGGAGCACAGUUUGACCAAAUCUGACAAAGAUGGUGUCUUCCUCCAUCUGUGUCUCCCUGUCAUCUAGGCAUUGCAUGUGCCAACUUUUUUCUGUGAAUAUGCCUUUGUGAGAAAACUCUCUGGCUCGUCACCCUCGCCGGGAUUCCCCGCAAUAUUUUCAACAAGAGAGGAGAAAAAAAAUCUGCAAAAAUGGACAAAGAAAGUACUGGUACUCAAUAUGAACCUGUGGCCGAGAUUGGAGAAGGCGCUUAUGGAAAAGUGUACAAAGCGAGAGAUUUGAAGAACGGGGGACGCUUUGUAGCCCUAAAAAGAGUUCGUGUCCAGACGGAGGAAGAGGGGAUGCCUCUCUCCACCAUCCGGGAGGUGGCGGUACUGAGGCAGCUUGAAGCUUUUGAGCACCCCAAUGUUGUCAGGUUGUUUGAUGUGUGUACAGUCUCUCGGACUGACCGAGAAACCAAACUCACUCUGGUCUUUGAGCAUGUGGAUCAGGACCUGACCACCUACCUGGAAAAGGCCCCUGACCCUGGAGUACCACCUGAGACCAUCAAGGAUAUGAUGUACCAGCUGCUCCAGGGGCUGGACUUCCUGCACUCACACCGCGUGGUUCACCGUGACCUGAAGCCCCAGAAUAUCCUGGUCACCAGCGGAGGACAGAUCAAACUGGCUGACUUUGGUCUAGCCCGCAUCUACAGCUUCCAGAUGGCGCUCACCUCCGUGGUGGUGACACUGUGGUACAGAGCCCCAGAGGUGCUGCUUCAGUCCAGUUACGCCACGCCAGUGGACCUGUGGAGCGUCGGCUGCAUCUUCGCUGAGAUGUUCAGGAGAAGACCGCUAUUUCGAGGAAACUCAGAUGUUGAUCAGCUGGGAAAGAUUUUUGAUGUUGUCGGGGUACCUUCAGCAGAAGACUGGCCCCAGGAAGUGGCCCUACCACAGAGUGCCUUCACCCCCCGGCCCCCUAAGCCAAUAGAGGACUUGGUUCCAGACAUGGACGAGCAAGGACGGGCCCUCUUAAUGCAAUUCCUCGCCUUCAACCCCUCCAGGAGGAUAUCAGCCUUUGCUGCGCUCAGCCACCCCUACUUUCAAAGUGUGGACAGCCACAGUAGAAGUGUGUAUGCGGCACAGCCCAUCCCCAGCAACAAGCCCACUAUGGAGGAGAGGACUGCCUGACAGCCCUCCUUCACCCUCAAUCAUCCCAUACAGUGUCUGAAAAGAGUAUUCUAUGUACCCCGCCCUGGUGUUUUUCAUGUUUUAUAGUUUUUACAGCGUUAAAUCAAAGUGUGUUGAAGGCGCAGUUCACCCCAAAAAUACAUAUUUUCCAACUUACCUGUAGUGCUAUUUAUCAAUAUA